UGGCGCAAAGAACCCUAAUUCACAAAACAUAACGGUCGACACGCCGGUGACGUGGCGCUUUUUGGGCUGUUGGCACCCGACGGCUCGCCGCAAGUCUUGUACGAUAGCGGGGGAAUAGGGCAGAACAAAUGCCGCUUAGUUUCCAUGUCGCUGGAAACGGAUGAUGAUCGCGCUGGCUCUUCCGGUUCGUUGGAACAAUCUCGUUGUGCUCGCCCGAUCAUAGCUCCUGGCGCCUAGAUUCUUCGUCUCCUCCUUUGUCCAGGGAUGGCCCCCUCGCGGCGAUGAGUUCUUCGUAAUAUGGAGGAACCACGGGCGCAAUCGCAAUCUCAAGAUGUCCCCUCUAGCUCAAUGAAGCCGCCUCCUCCGGCGCUGGAGGAUGCGCGAGAGCCUGCCCGGAGUAGCAGCGGAUUGACCUCUCCGAGGUUGGAGAAGCAUAACAGCAGUGGCAGCAAGAAGGGCAGGAGGAAGGCCGCGCUCAAGGCUAUCAUCGCUUCGUCCAAGCUCAAGCAAGCACUCAGGAGGAGGUCUAAAAUCUUUGAUCGGAGGCAGUCCAUUCCCAUCCAGGACAUCCGCGACGUUGAGGAGCAAGUCAUCGUGCAAACUUUUAGAACCACACUGGUGUCCGAGAAUUUACUUCCGGAAAGCCAUGACGACUAUCACGAGCUGCGAAGGUUCUUGCGUGCUCGUGGACUUGAUAUUGACAAGGCUAAACUGAUGUGGUCAAAUAUGCUGCAGUGGCGAGCGGAGAACGGGGUGGACACCAUUGGGGAGGAUUUCGAGUUUGGUGAGAUCGAGGAAGUGAAAAAAUACUAUCCUCAAGGUCACCAUGGGGUUGACAAAGAAGGGAGGCCCAUUUACAUCGAGCGCUUGGGAAAGGUUGAGCCCAACAAAUUGAUGCAGGUGACAACAUUGGAGAGAUACUUGAAGUAUCAUGUUCAGGAGUUUGAGAAGCUUUUGAGAAUCAAGUUCCCGGCAUGCUCGCUUGCAGUUAAACGGCACAUUGACUCCGGAACAACGAUUCUGGAUGUUUCUGGUGUGGGUCUCAAAAAUUUCAGUAAGACUGCACGGGACCUUAUUAUAAGAAUUCAGAAAGUUGAUGGGGAUAACUACCCGGAAACUUUGCACAAGCUUUUUAUUAUCAAUGCUGGUGCUGGAUUCAGGCUGUUAUGGAACACAGUGAAGGGGUUCCUAGAUCCCAAAACGACUUCUAAAAUCACUGUUCUAGGAUACAAGUACCAGCCAAAUCUCCUGGAAGUGGUGGAUGCAAGUCAGCUGCCAGAGUUUAUAGGUGGUACGUGCACAUGUCCUGGAGAAGGAGGAUGUAUGAGAUCUGAUAAAGGACCUUGGAAGGAUCCAGAGUUAUUGAAGGCGGUAAUGAUUGGCAAAGCAAAGUAUUCAAGACAGGUUGUCAGCAUAAAUUCUCAGACCGGCGAGAGUGAUGCACCCCCCGGCGAGGUAGUCGGGUCCUCGACGCAGACGCUCGCAGAAACAUCGCGAAUGCAGCCCGUCCAGGAAGAAAUAGACGGCAUUGCAAGGAACUUAGGAACAGAUGAUGUUGUGGUGGUAGACAAGAUCGUAGAUUCACCAGCGACUGGGACUUCUUCCUCCGAACAACAAACCGAAAGCACUACAAUAGACGACAGUAAGGUUCAGAAGUCUACGCCGGAGAGCAACGAAACUCAGCAAAACAUGGUACCAAAAAGAGCAUUACCAGCUCGAAAAAGAGAUAAUGACAGCUUUGUUUCAGUUUUAGUCGGGUUUUUUAUGGGAAUCUUAAGCUUUUUUCGACGGUUGAUUUGGAGGGAGCAGCAAUUACAAGAGAGCCCUCGGCCAGUCACACCUGCUGAACCUCAAAACGUGACGAAAGGGCCCAACGUUUCUGUCGUCCUUAAUUCUCGAGUGGAAGACUUGGAGAAAAAGCUGACAGAACUAAGCAGUUUGCCUUUGGCGACACUUCCUCCAAAGCAGGAGCUAGCUGCAGAACGCAUCAAGACGCUGGAAGCGGACGUCGCGGAAACUAAGAAGACUUUGGGCGACGUACUGGUAAAACAGACCGAACUUCUAGAGGCUUUAGAGCGGCUCAAGGAUUUGAAGUGGAUGAAGAAGGUACAAUGUUGGUGCUAGUACUUUGUUCUGUGUAAAUAGUGGUGGAAAGGAAUGCGUUUUUUUCA